AUAUGAAAUGUUUAUUUACAUUGAUAACAUGUCUUCUAUGUUGGAGACACCAACAAAGUGCACCGGCAUCAACAGAACUAGAAAAUAGUUCUCUCAGCAAGGAUAUGAAAGCACUUUCCCAACGUGGAGAGGAGUAUGUGGAGCAAGAAGUAAUGAAAGCCUUGCUGGGUGUAAAGCAAAUGAAGACAAUUGUGGAAAUAAAUGAGGAGAAACAUGAAAAGAUACUGAAAUCACUCAGGAAAACAAAAGAAGAAAAAAUGGAGACUGUGAGGCUGUUUGAGGACAUCAAUGAAGAGCUGAGCGAAGCAGAAACACAAUGCAAACAAUUGCUGAAAAAUAACUGGGAUAUAUGUAAAGCUUGCCUUGAAUGGUCCUGCAUUACAUUCUACACAAACAGCUGUUCCCAGCAGGGUUUACAGACCCUUCUUAUUAAGGCUCAAGAAUCAUUUAAAACAUGGCCACCAUUGAGUAUCAGUUACGAAAAUGUUGGGGGGAAAAAGAAGAGUGAAUAUUAUAUGGCUGCCCAGGUCAGCGAAACAGAGAGCGUUUUCAGUCAACUUAUUCAUGAUGUCAACACUCUGUUUAAUCAGAGCAUUCUGUUUUUCAAAAACUUCCAGUACGAGUUUGACGAGUCAUUCCAGAAUUCUUUUCUGUCAGAUGUAAGUCAUCUAGAUAUGGAUACCAAUCAUACCACCACUACUGUGCCUGACAGAAAAUCUGUCAUCGUUUUGGCUAAUUUUGAACACUGGGAUUUAUCAGAAUUUUUGCAAAGUUUAUAUGAAUUUGGACAAUCUAUUCUGGAAGUUAUAAGCAAUGUCUUUUCCAUGAUGUAUAACAAGUUCUGUAAUGGUUCCGAGGGCUCUUAUGCACCACUGCAAGCAUCUCCAGGUCAUCUCAGAUCAGAGCCCAGCAACAUGAUGUGCGGCGACCUUCACAAUGCAUCAGAGUGCUUGCUAUUUCAGGAGAGAUGCCAGCUAUGCUAUGGACCUGUGAUGGAAGACUGUCCCGAUGCGAUAGAGCUGCUCAUGAAAUUGGAAGAGGCCUCUAAGUUAGUACAACUGUCCACAAAUCAAUAUGAGGAAGUUGUCCAACUUGUACAGCAGCACACUGAUGAAACGUCUAACUUGGUAAAACAACUGAUUGACAGAUUCGGAUGGGUGGCCCGGCAUUCCAACAUGACUUCUGCGACAGAUACCAUGUUCAAUAUAGAAAUGGUAUCGCUUAGUCCAAAUACAGAAAAUCCUGCUUUAUAUGACAUAGUUUCAGAAGUGAGAAUAUUUACACCUCCAAAUGUUAUUAUUAGGGUGCCAGCCAGUUUUGAUGUUGAUAGCACUGAAUUCAUACAGUACAUAGCAGAUAAAGCAUUAGAACAUCACAAAAAUAGAAGCUAAACCAAUUAUCUGCAAGGUUCAAUUCACUACACCUUUGUGUUGACAUUAGAGCCAUGUAUAAAGUAUGAGCCCGAUUCCUAGUUGUACGCUAACGCUGCCGCAGAUGUGAUAUUAAUUGAACGGCCAUUGGUAUUUCUAUAGGGGCGCCUACUGGAGCCUCACGGCCGCCCACAACUGCGUAUUCAUUCUCAGCAUCGAUGAUGAUCCUGAAAACAUUGACUCCUUAAGUCUAUUGUCACUCAGAAUUGCAACUUAGACACUGGAGACAUGAUUCCUGCAUACAGGAUUGCAGCGGCUGAAGCCCACCGCAAAAAAAGUCCUGUCUUCACCAUGUUUUUGCUGCCACUCCUCGUUAUCUCCCACAAACUAGCUGCUUCCUGGUAAUCACUUGCUAAUGAUUCUUCACUGCGGACAUAAUCGCAAAUCAGUCACUGCACAUAAGCAUUGCAGCAGUGACGCAUGUGCAGUUUUCCGAUAAUCAUUCAAUUGUGAAAAUAUCGGCUUAGCAUACAACUAUGAAUCAGACCCUAUGUGAGAUCUUUAUUUUUUAAUGGUUUGGAAAACAUGAAAUUAUGUUGCAAUUUCAGCUCUGUAUAAUAAGUUCUUACAUUCCAACUUCUCACUCAUGAGACAUUCACAUUCAUUUACAGUAUGUCAGCACGCUUCAUAAUGUUAAAUGCGCCCAUACACUCAGGAAUUCUGAUGGACAUUUAGUUUACCUUACUGUGUUGGUCUAUCCUAAUCUAUUAUAUUUUUGGCUCAAUGCAGGAAAUAGAUCAGAUCAAUCAGUCAUUGUAGAAGCACCUUAAGGAAUUCUAUAUAUGUUUUAUUAAUUCCUCUUUCGUCAAAUAGCACUUUUAGCACAAGGACAAUAAUUAUUUUUUACAUUGAACAGGCAUCUGGUGUUUUCAUAUAACAAAAGUUUUUGUGUUCUAAAAGUGGAGAUGUGCGGCGGGCACUUUUCUUGUUUUGUGUUUUGGUUUUGGAUCUGGAUCCUCGCCCGUGUUUUAGAUCUGGAUUGGUUUUGCCAAAACCACCCUUUCGGGUUUUGGUGUUGAAUCUGGAUGAUUUUUGAAAUGGUAGAUUUAAAAAAUAGGCCCCAAACAGCACAUCAUGCAAAGAAGAAAAAGAAGUGCAAUGAGGUAGCUGGAUGGCUAAGCAAAGCGACACAAGUGUGUGGCACAAAAACCUGGCCCAUCAUGGAGUGGUACUGCAGUGGCAGACAGGAUGGCACUUUUAAAAACUAGGCCCCAAACAACACAUUAUGCAAAGAAAAAAAGAGGUGCACUGAUGUCGCUGGGUGACUAAGCUAAGCGACACAAGUGUGUGUGGCACAAACACCAGGCCCAUCUAGGAGUGGCACUGCAGUGGCAGAUAAUGAUGGCACUUUAAAACUAGGCCCCAAACAGCACAUCAUGCAGAGAAAAAAAAAGAGGUGCAAUGAGGUAACUGGAUGGCUAAGCUAAGCGACACAAGUGUGCGGCACAAACACCUGGCGCUUCUAGGAGUGCCACUGAAGUGUCAGACAGGAAGGCACUUUUAAAAACUAGGCACAUCAUGCAAAGAAGGAAAAGAGGUUCAAUGAUGUAGCUUGAUGGCUAAGCUAAGUGACACAAGUGUGUGGUACAAAGACCUGGCCCAUCUAGGAGUGGCAUGCAGUGGCUGAAUGUCGAAAGUGGCCCGCAAUUUUUCGGGCCACCGACAGCAUCUCCUGCACGCCCCUUUCAUUUUUCAAAAAAUUCUGCACCACCAAAUUAAUUGUAUGUGCAAAACAUGGGACGUGCUGGAAUUUGCCUAGAUGUAAUGACCGCACAAUAUUGGUGGACUUAUAAGGCAGACCCCUGGACUUAUACGGCAGUACCCCUGGAAAUAUACGGCAGUACCCCUGGACUUAUACGGCAGUACCCCUGAACUUAUAUAGCUGCACCACUGGACUGGAUUUAUACGGUAGUACCACUGAACUUAUAUGGCAGUACCCCUUGACUUAUACGGCAGUACCCCAUGACUUAUACGGCCAUAGCACUGAACUUAUAAGGCAGUACCCCUGAACUUAUACAUCAGUACCCCUGGACUUAUAUGGCAGUACCCCUGGACUUAUACGACAGUAUCACUGGACUUAUACAUCAGUACCUCUGAACUUAUAUGGCUGUACCACUGGACUGGACUUAUACGGCAGUACCCCUUGACUUAUAUGGCAGUACCCCUGGACUUAUACGGUAGUACCACUGGACUUAUAUGGCAGUACCCCUGAACUUAUAUGGCAGAACCACUGGACUUAUACGGCAGUACCCCUGAACUUAUGCGGCUGCACCACUGGACUGGACUUAUACGGCAGUACCCCUGGACUUAUACGGCAGUACCCCUGGACUUAUAUGGCAGUACUCCUGGACUUAUACGGCUGCACCACUGGACUGGACUUAUAUGGCAGUACCCCUGGACUUAUACGGUAGUACCCCUGGACUUAUACGGCAGGAUCACUGGACUUAUACAGCAGUACCCCAUGACUUAUACGGCUGCACCACUGGACUGGACUUAUAUGACAGUACCCUUGGACUUAUAUGGCAGUACCCCUGGACUUAUAUGGCUGCACCACUGGACUGGACUUAUACGGCAGUACCCCUGGACUUUUACGGCAGUACCACUGGACUUAUACAGCAGUAUACCUGGACUUAUAUGGCAGUACCCCUGGACUUAUACGGCAUUACCCCUGGAAAUAUAUGGCAGUACCACUGAACUUAUACGGCAGUACCACUGGACUUAUACAGCAGUAUACCUGGACUUAUAUGGCAGUACCCCUGGACUUAUACGGCAGUACCCCUGAACUUAUAUGGCUGCACCACUGGACUGGACUUAUACGGCAGUACCACUGGACUUAUAUGGCAUUAGCACUGGUAUUAUCCUGCUGUACCCCUGUACCUAAUCGGCUGCACCACUGGACUGGACUUAUACGGCAGUACCACUGGAUGUAUAGGCAGUACCCCAUGACUUAUACGGCAGUACCCCUGGACUUAUACAGCUGCACCACUGGACUGGACUUAUACGGCAGUACCCCUGGACUUAUACGGCAGUACCCCUGGACUUAUACGGCAGUACCACUGGACUUAUACGGCUGCACCACUGGACUGGAGUUAUACGGCAGUACUCUUGGACUUAUAUGGCAGUACCCCUGGACUUAUACGGCAAUCCCCCUGGACUUAUGCGGCUGCACCACUGGACUGGACUUAUACGGCAGUACCCCUGGACUUAUACGGCAGUACCACUGGACUUAUACGGCAGUACCCCUGGACUUAUAUGGCAGUACCUCUGGAAAUAUAUGGCAUUACCCCUGGAAAUAUAUGACAGUACCACUGAACUUAUACGGCAGUACCACUGGACUUAUACGGCAGUACCCCUGGACUUAUACUGCAGUACCCCAUGACUUAUACAGCAGUACCCCUGAACUUAUACGGCUGCACCACUGGACUGGACUUAUACGGCAGUACCCCUGGACUUCGACGGCAGUAGCACUGGACUUAUACGGCAGUACCCCUGAACCUAUAUGGCUGCACCACUGGACUGGACUUAUACGGCGGUAACACUGGACUUAUACGGCAGUACCCCUGGACUUAUAAAGCUGCACCAUUGGACUGGACUUAUACGGCAGUACCCCUAGACUUAUACGGCAGUACCCCUGGACUUAUAGGGCAGUACCACUGGACUUAUACGGCAGUACCACUGGACAUAUAUGGCUGCACCAUUGGACUGGACUUAUAUAACAGUACCCUUGGACUUAUAUGGCAGUACCCCUGGACUUAUACGGCAAUAUUCCUGGACUUAUACGGCUGCACCACUGGACUGGACUUGUAUGGCAGUACCACUGGACUUAUAUGGCAGUACCACUGGACUUAUACGGCAGUACCCCUUGAAAUAUACGGCAUUAUCCCUGGACUUAUACGGCAGUAACACUGGACUUAUACGUUAGUACCACUGGACUUAUACGUUAGUACCACUGGACUUAUACGUCAGUACCCCUGGAAAUAUACGGCAGUACCCCUGGACUUAUACGGCAGUACUCCUGGACUUAUACGGCAGUACCACUGGACUUAUACAGCAGUACCCCAUGACUUAUACAGCAGUACCACUGGACUUAUACGGCAGUACCCCUGAACCUAUAUGGCUGCACCACUGGACUGGACUUAUACAGCAGUACCACUGAACUUGUACGGCAGUACCACUGGACUUAUACGGCAUUACCCCUGGACUUAUACGGCAGUAGCACUGGACUUAUACGGCAGUACCCCUGGACUUAUACGGCUGCACCACUGGGCUGGACUUAUACAACAGUACCCUUGGACUUAUAUGGCAGUACCCCUGGACUUAUACUGCAGUACCACUGGACUUAUACGGCAGUACCCCUGGACUUAUAUGGCAGUACCCCUGGACUUAUACGGCAGUACCUCUGGAAAUAUACGGCAUUGCACCUGUACUUAUAAGGCAGUACCACUGAACUUAUACGGUAGUACCACUGGACUUAUACAGCAGUAUCCCUGGAUUUAUAUGGCAGUACCCCUGAACUUAUACAGCAGUACCCCUGAACUUAUAUGGCUGCACCACUGGACUGGACUUAUACUGCAGUACCCCUGAACUUACACGGCAGUAGCACUGGACUUAUAUGGCAGUACCCCUGAACUUAUACGGCUGCACCACUGGACUGUACUUAUACAGCCAUUUUCCCGCACAGACACUGUCGCUACACUCUGCAAUUCCGGAGUGAAAAUGGCGGUGACGCGCGGCUCCUUAUAUGGAUUCAAAAACCCGCGAGAAUCUGACAGCGGGAUGAUGACGUUUUGCCUCAUUCUGGUUUUCGAAUCUGGCGGAAUGUCCCGAGCGGGACUCGGAUCCGGGCUCGGGACGUGAUGUUCGUUAGGGUUCUGUUCUCAGGGAUUCGAACCCGCUCAUCUCUAGUUCUAAGGGGACGAAGUAUGAAUCAUUAUAUUAGGGUAUAAAGGACCCAAUUUAUUAACGAGACAUAACCCCUUUAGCACUCGUGAAAGGGGUUAUGUCCUACUUUCAGUAUUCAGCAAACAGCCCCUAUACCACUCUCACCAUCUAAAGAUGUCAGGAGCAGUAUGGUUCCAAUUGCCAGCAAUGGGGAUACAGCAUUGCUUGUUUCCCCGCUUGGUGAAACUGUCAUGCACAUGCACAUGCACAGACUGGACGUCACACAUGCACAUGACACAGAAGCCAGUCACCAGCUGCGUCAGGCUUCCAGCAGCAGAGCUGAGAAUGCCGCUGAGGAGUGGGGCAUUGCUGGACCUCGCUGGAGAGGUGAGUAAUGCUGAAUACCAGCUGAAUAUUCAUUACUAUCACAGUGAUACUAAACAAAAUAUGCCACUGGUAUUAAGAUUCAUUGAUAAAUGUGACCCAAAAUAUGAUGACUGUCUUAGUAACAGCGGUAACUCAGAAAGCAAUCGUGUCCUCUAAAUAAUCACUCUGUCUGCACUCCCACAAACACUCCCAGGGCCAUGUUCCCAGACUAAAAAAAGGUGACACUGGGAGUCUUAUAAGAUCCGUAGCAGCUCUUCAACCGCACGUUUUGUGCCUGAUCCUGAGGUGAAUGUAGAUGCGGUGGCAGCUGCAUCUUUUGCUGCAGUUGUGUUUGCGUCUUUAUGCUGAUGCCACCUCCAAUUUGUAAAUGACUGAGAUGCCCACUUGCAGCAUCUCCAGACAGUGCAUUUAUAGCCUGUUAACAAACGAUAGUGAAAACAACCAUUUUCCUAUGGCGGAUAAAAAAAUAUCUCUCGGUCAUGCUCAAAAAAUUCCGUAUUUCAGAAUUUUUAAUAUGUGAGACUCAACCUGUAUAUAUAGUUCUACUGUAUACGAGGGGGUACCCAAAAGAAACAGGAAGUAAUGAUUUAUUAAUUAAUUAUUUGUACAUUUUGAAACUUUAGUCACCCUCAAAGAACUCUCCACUUGAAUCAAUACAUUUGUCCAAACGUUUUUUCCAUUGCUCAAAACAUUUUUUAAACUCAUCUUUGUUGAUGCCUUUUAGUACUUUUGCCGUUUUUUCUUUCAUCUCUUCAAUAUCAGCAAAAAAAUUUCAUUUAUGUCCUCUUUUCAUCUGAGGAAAUAAAAAAAAAAGUUUCAUGGGGCAGUAUCUGGUGAAUAUGGUGGGUGAGGCAACGGUGUCAUGUCGUUUUUGGUUACAAAUUGCUUAACAUCAGCGCUGUCUGGGCAGGUGAGUUGUCAUGAUGGAAGAACCAGUCAUCUAUCCGCCAUAAAUCGGGAUGUUUUUUUCUCAAAUAACAACUUUGGUUGACAGUUUGACCCUGGGUCAAGAAGGGUUCUGCAAACACUCACCUAGUGGCAGAAGCCCGUACUACAAGCGCACCACUCUCUAGAACACAAUUCCUCUUUUCUGUAUCCCCUCGCAUAUUAUAUACAAUAUGUUUACGCCCAAAGAGGGAACUCACUGGCUGAUUCUUUACAUAUCAAACUUUGUAGAGUUUAUGUGCUCACUACGGAGAUCUGUCUGAUUUUAACUUUUUAGCACUGUCCAAUUUUCAGCAGAAAUUACCUUCUUAUUCGUCUCCUCACCCAACUGAAUUUUGUAUAUGUAUAUAUGUAAGCCAAUUAUGCAUCCAUAGCAAGUGUUGUUUUCAAUAAUAUCUUGAUCAACAUAAAAUACAGUAUAAUUAAUCUAAUCCUCUACGUCAGUAAUUAUGUCACCCAUUCUCGCCAAAGAAAAUCCUGAACACGUGUGAAACUGCCCAGUAUAAUCUGUUGGUACAAUCUCAUAUGUGCUUGUUCUGUUUAUAUGUGUGGUUUGCAUGAUUUGCC